AUGAUUAACGGACCUGUUCAAUCCGGUUAUGAAGUUUAUCCAGUCUUCUACUUCUUUAAGGGUGGAGUCUACAUACAUAAAACUGGAAAACAAUAUAGAGCUCAUGCUGUUAAAAUUAUUGGAUGGGGUGUAGAAAAUGGUGUCAAAUACUGGCUUGUUGCAAACUCUUGGAACUACGACUGGGGCGAAGAUGGCUUCUUCAAAAUACUUCGCCGAACCAACGAAUGCAAUAUGGAAUCGUGGGUCGUUGCCGGUACUAUGAAAGUUUGA